UUUUUUUUUUUUUUUUAGUAUUUAAGCAUCUUUGAAAGGAAAUGCUCAACCACUGGGAAAUGUUUCUCAUCCUCUUGUUCUAAUCCAGCCAGUCCUGAAGUAAAUCCAGCUCAUCCGUCAGCUUCAACUAGAGAUCUGUGUUACUGAUCGCAGCGUUUUAGCUUCGAUUUGGUAGAGUCAAUGCAGGUACUGGAGUCUCCGAUCCGCCGUUCUGAUUUUAAUUUUGAACAAACUCAAUGAAUAACAUCUUUACCUCUGAUUCAACACUUUCUUUCACAAGUUUACUUGACUGGAUCCGGUUUGUUUUACAGUGUACAGACUCUGCAGCAGAAGCGUUGCUAUGGGAUCAUUGCUUGCACAUGUACAGUAGCAACUCUAUGGUCCACAAAAUGGAAAAACAAAAACAAAGUAGGAGUGAGUUUGUUACUGCAGUAGAGUGUGGUGAGGAACGCGUGUGGGACAGCACUGGUGGCUGGCCGCCUUUAUUUAGAAAAAUAUAUAAAUUUAACCUUUUCUCUAUUUUAAUCUGCACACUGUUUUAUUGAGUACAGAGCACCUCUAUUUCUCAUUAGAGUCUGAUAGUCAUUUACUCAUUGUUGCUUUACUUGACUUUCUUUCUUCUCGCAUGUUCUGGAGGAAGAAUAAAGUGAGUAGUUAUCACUGUCCUACGCGAACAAACGACCAGAGAAGAUCUCCGUUUUCACACGCCACAGUGUACAGUAUUUUACUGAGUUUGCCUAAUGAGGAGAACAACCACUUUGGCUGAAGGACGUCUUUUGAACCGGCGUCCGACAAGUUUGAAUGACGCGUCAUGUGUGCCGAUAAAUGCCACUGAGUUUUAAAGAACAGGAGCUCUGUAAUGCUUUCUGUGACGAUGUGUAGAGUAUGUCCUCUGGCUCCAUCGCCGUUAAUUGUUGAGCAAGUUAGCCGACUGUAACAGAACAAUAAAUAUAUGUUUUUAUAUAUACAUGCUGUCUUUGUGGGGGUUUUUUUAGCUUAAGUAAGAUUGUGUGCUUUAGCGACCAUUUUCACACAGACAAGUUUUAUGUUUCUAUCCAUAAUAGGGCUUUAUGUCGACUUUAAUUCAUCUGCGAUAUAAUGCCUCACCCCAAUCAUAAAACAACAUAAUUUCUUUAAGGUACAGGAAGAUAUAUAAUAAAGGUGAUCUGCCGCAUUAGUAGAUUGGUAAAAACUAGCGUCUUGUUCUACGUUUUGCUAAGGAGGCGUGGCCUCUGUUGAAGUUUUACAUGUUACCCAAUCGUGACGCAAAGCGCCAGUUCGAUGCUAUGAAGCUAACCGGAAGUUGCUCUCAGCUGUAACUGUCCUCCACCGUGAAGAGAGAAGUGCCGGCUGUAAAUGUUAAUUCAGUAUUUGGAAGCAUAGCUAACACGGACCGAAUGAAUCCAUUCACUUCCUCCGCUGCCUUUGCUGAAACUACAAUUUUGAAAAUCGACAUCCCGUUGAAGGUUUACCGUUGGAAUCCACUUCAAUGGGAUUAAAGACCAGACGGAGCUGUGAAGUGAGGUUAUAAUCGAACAAAAUGGCGUAAGAAGUGAUUGCGUUGCGUAAUCGCAGUGUGUGUUUGUGUGUGUGUAGCGAAGCAGGUAGCCAGCUCCUCCAGGCUCUUCCUCUCUCUCUCUCUCUCUCCCCUCUCUCUCUCUUUCUCUCUCUAUCUCUCUCUCUCUGUGUGUGUGUGUGAGCUGAUCAGCAUCAGCAGCGGGAGGCGGUGGACGCGUUUCUCUUGCAUCCUGGACCGGUUCAGGUUGCGCUGCAGGGGAGGGACUUUGCUUGUGCAGACUGGGCUGAGCUGCAGCAGGGAUGCAUCAGGCGGACCUCUGAGUUGACUGGAGAAACCCAGGGCCUCCUCUUUCCUCUGAGAAAGAAGAAGAAGCGUGAACGCUGUUUCUCUACCUCCUCUUCCCUCCUACCCCGCCACCAGGGGCAAAUAAUCCCCGCUGGAGUCGCUGGAUGGAGAGAGCCGCCUGAAGAAGGGAGAGCGGUGGAGUUGCUCUCCUCCUCCCCCCUUUCUCUCUACUGCACCAAAAGAAAACCCCGGGCUGGAUGAGACAUCAUGUCCUCGGCUGAAAGUGAGGAUUUAUCAGGCUACCGUUUGAGUGUGGUGCAGAACCCACCAGGCUGGGAGGUGGGGAUUUACUUGGUGGGCUUCUUGGUGCUGCUUGGUGCAGCGGGACUCAACAUCUGGAAGCUGUGGAAAUCUGGAACCUUCCCCGCCCCCUCGCCCUUCCCCAAUUUUGACUACAGAUAUCUGCAAGAGAAAUAUGGAAACUCCUUCUCUGAAGUCAGACAAAAGAGAGUGGCGGCCAUCAACCACCGGCGCACCUCCACCACCUCCAGCCGUAAACCCAGCCUGGCCCUCGGCGACACCCCCGACGCGUUCAGGGAGCUGGGCCACCUGGAGCUGAUGAGCAGGGAGCUGGACCCAACGGGCAUGGCCCAGCUCAACCGCUCCAUCUCCACCGACUCGCUCAGCUCCAUCUCCUCCAUCGCGAACAACUUUGGCCACGACUUCACGGUCGGCCAGCUUGAAGUGACCCUGGAGUUCGACGCGCCUCGGCAGCUGCUCCACAUCACCCUGCACCAGGGAAAGGACUUGCUGGAGAAGGAGGAAGGGGACUUCCCUGGUUGCUUCAUCAGAGUGUCGCUGGGGCCAGAGGAGUUUAACGUGGGAGUAACAAGGGUCCAGACCAACGCUUUCACCGUCAUCUUUGACGAGCGCUUCUCCGUCCCCAUGGACCAGUCCGCCCUGGACGAGUACAGCCUGCGCUUCGCCGCGUUUGGCAUCGACGCCGACGAACGGAACAUCAGCGCAGGCUUGGCCGAGCUGAAGCUGUCGGACCUGGACCUGACCAUCCGGCCGUUCAACGCCUGGCUCUACCUUCAGGACGUCAAUAAGGCCGUGGAUGCGGUCGGGGAGAUUUUGCUGUCUCUCAGCUACUUGCCGACGGCAGAGCGCCUCACGGUGGUCGUGGCCAAGUGCAAGAAUCUAAUAUGGACCAAUGAAAAGAACACAGCAGAUCCGUUUGUCAAAGUGUAUCUGCUGCAAGACGGCAGAAAGAUCAGCAAGAAGAAAACCUCCACGAAGCGAGACGACACCAACCCGAUCUUCAACGAAGCCAUGAUCUUCUCGGUGCCGUCCGCCGUCCUGCAGGAGCUCUCCCUGAGGGUCACCGUGGCGGAGGCCACAGACGACGGACGGGGCGAAAACCUGGGCCACGUGAUCAUCGGCCCCGAGGCCAGCGGCAUGGGGAUCACCCACUGGAACCAGAUGCUGGCCACGCUGAGGAAGCCCGUCUCCAUGUGGCACCCGCUGCGCAGGAUCUAACCACGCACACACACACGCACACACACACACACACACACCUUCACAAUGGAAAAUCCUCUCCUCGUUCCUUUGGACUCUCUUUUGGUGCCGUUUUGCAACGUUAGGAUGUAGAUUUGUGAGCAAUUUUAUUGGUACCACAAUGAAAUUAAAACCACAUGGUCACGUAAUAGGGCUAAGUAAAAAAAAAAAAUAAUAAUAUAUUUGGUUAAUUACAGGCUGUGGCAAUCAAUCAGUUUUAGUCUAAGUUUGGUUCUCCAUUAAACAGCAGAAGGAGACAUGGACUUGAAAUGUUUUUCUUCCUUCCACAGGACUUUCAGCUUUGAGGUUGAAGUGUUUGGUAAGAAAACUCCCUGUACUUGCAUGGUGCCUCCUCUGGUUGUAGCCUCUCCUAGGUGUGUUGAGAAUGACCGACGGGGCGGCGCAGGGCGGGCGCCGCUCCUCUUUCAGGAAAAAAACACAAUCGUUUGUCAUUGAUUGCGCCUUAUUGGUUUAUUAUUCCCCUGUGGAUUCUGAGCUGUUUUAAAAUUGCUUGUGUAUCUUGUGAAGAGUGAGACUGACAGAAGUUUUUUGUGCUUCUUUUUUAUUUAUUAUACAUUUAAAUAUAUAUAUAUAUAUAUCCAGGUACUUUUAUCCAGGUGAAAUAAUUGUAAUCUGUAGCAGUUGUUUCAGGGUGGCCGUCAAUCUGUUUUUAGCGCAAUAAGCAGAUUUGGAAAGUAAAGUGCCGUAACUCUCUUCUCUCAUUCUCAUUUUUAGUUGUUCCUCCAAAGAUUCUGUGUACAAAAUCAUGUUUUUCCAACAUUAAACUCAUUCAGAAAAUAAAAACAAGCUUAAGCAUAAAUAUCAUCACUGACCAGUUAACUAUAAUCCAAACUCCUCUGGGAAUUUAACAUGUGAUGUAAAGAAUACUAACCCCUUUGUAUGAGUUUAUUUUGUGUGAGAGGAAGAAAACAAACCUCGAUGACCUACGUUUGACACAGCAGCGUGACAAGAGGCUCACAAAGCUCAGAAUGUCAACGUGGCUUCGAAUCUGUCUGAGAAAUCCUCUGGAAACGUGUGCAGUUGUAUUUUAUUGUAACUUUUAAAUGUACAGAGAAUUAGCGCAUAAUCAACCCUGGGCAUUGUGGUGUAAUUAAAUUUUUUUGUUAGUUUUUGUUCGAUUGGAACUUCAUUUCACUCCUCGUUUUCAAAUCUGUUCAAAAAAAUAACACGUAUGGUAAUACAGAAGAAAAAAAUACAUUUCCUAUGUGCCAAAUAAUGAAGCAAUAUUGUCAUUCAUUGUCACAAUUUGCAUUCAACAAAGCUGUAGCCUACAUUUGGCCAUGCAUGAAGAUCCUUGGCACCUGACGUGAAUGUGCCUCAAGAAUACAGUGUAUAGCGUGAAUGCUGUUUCAAAUAAAAAAUAAAAACAAUGAAAUGA